GAGUAAUGACGUUUAAGCGCCAUAAGAUGUCGCAGCAAUCGUGCGCAAGCGCUUCACGAGGGAUGAAUAGAUUCCUCGCGAAGUAAGCGCACAGUCGAGCGUUAGUACGCGAAGCUGCCGUUUCGUUUGUUCGGUGAUUCUCGGCAAACUUCGGUUUCGUAUUAUAGUUGACGGGUAGUAGGGGUAACCUGAAUCGAGCAUAGAGCAAUAGACGGAGAAAGAGAGAGAGAAAGCAAGAUAGAAAUCAGACCAGGACGGUGCAGAGAGCGGAGACCAGCGUGUCUCCUCUCGUGCAUGCGUUCGCUUGUCAGGACUGUGUGUGUGUGUACAACACAAAGAAAGAGACAAAAAGACGUAUGCGUGGCGCGGUGAGAAACGUGUUACGAACAGUGACAGACAAGAUGGCGGUGUACUUUGUGCAGUGGUAGUAAUAGUGGUGCGUAGAGCACAUUAAAAAGAGUAGUGGAACGAAGGGGGUUAGUAAAGGGUUGGCAGCUGGUUAGUAUGGAACCAGCUCUGACGUCGACCACGAGACGUCGCGGUCAUCAACAUCAUCCGCGACACGCUACGCGCCGACGUCUCGACGCCUCCAGCAGAGGACCCGCGCAGUGUGGCCCUGCUGAUAUCGUUAAAGAUACGGCGAUCAGAAAUAACGAAACAUCAACAACUACAACGUCACCGAAGCUUGAUGAAAAAAGCAAUGUCAUCGAUACAGAAUGUUCCACUGCGGUGACAGUGCCCACAAUCGGCACGAGGUGGCUUCGUGAUCCGACGGCCACGGUGUCCACGAAAGAUGUAACAUCGAAUGAAGAUUCAAAUAAGAUAAAAUAUAAUCUCGAGCAUGAUAGAGAAGAAAACAUCCGUCAUAGGCUCGCGCAGUGUAGCCUGGAUGUUCUUGACGAACGACACGAACAAUUUGUUCGUAAAAGAAACGAAAAUGAGAACUUUGAUAGUUAUAAAAUGGAAGAAGUAUUGGACAAUUCUGAAUUAAAACCACGUGGGAAUGAAAUAUGCGAAAAUAAAUCUGACGAAGAAAAGAGAAAAAAAGAAAAUUCGCCGGAGCCUGAGCACGCGGUCGCGAGGGCUCGCGGUGAUGGAAACUCUGACGACGAAUCAACUAAUGUCGAGGAGGAUCCUGAACUUGCUGAACUUGCCAAGUUGAGGUGUCCUAGUGAAAGAACCGAGGUACAAGCUGAAAGAGAAGCUAAAAGAAGAAAGAGAUGCGCUGAUUAUCCUGGAUUAGCUUUUGGAUGGUCUAUAUUCUCCAGCGACACAAUGAUGAAAUUCGGUCUCAUAAGGAACGAAUUGCAGAAUAUUAUGGGAAACCAGCUAAAACGGGCUGAGUCCGAAGUAGCCGCUCUGAAUCGUCGUAUCCAAUUGUUGGAGGAGGACCUCGAGAGAUCGGAGGAACGCCUUGCAACGGCCACUGCUAAAUUGGCAGAGGCGUCGCAAGCAGCGGAUGAGAGCGAACGGAUACGCAAGGCACUCGAAAACCGUACCAAUAUGGAAGAUGACCGGGUAUCCCUGUUGGAGCAGCAGCUAGCACAGGCUAAACUGAUCGCCGAGGAGGCGGAUAAAAAAUACGAGGAGGUUGCCAGAAAACUAGUCAUGAUGGAACAAGAUCUUGAGCGCGCCGAGGAGAAGGCGGAACUUUCGGAAGGGAAGAUCGUUGAGCUCGAAGAAGAAUUACGCGUAGUUGGCAACAAUCUGAAAUCCCUUGAGGUCUCCGAAGAGAAGGCCAACCAGCGUGAAGAGGAGUACAAGAACCAAAUUAAGACUCUUACCUCUCGCCUAAAGGAGGCGACACAGAGAGAGGAGACUUUCGUGGGCCAGGUGAAGAUAUUGGAUAGUCAAUUGAAAGAGGCUGAAGCUCGUGCCGAGUUCGCGGAAAGAUCGGUGCAGAAGUUGCAGAAGGAGGUCGACAGGCUCGAAGACGAGCUCGUACACGAGAAGGAAAAGUACAAAUACAUCUGCGACGAUCUGGACCUCACCUUUACCGAGUUGAUCGAGAAGAAUUAAUUAAUAAUCAGUGCUCCUAUGUGUUCAUCAACUGUGUCCAAAUAAUUGGCCGGGCUUGUGUAUCUACGAACACGAGCGGAUACGUUAUCAUGGUCAUUUUGUGAAACCAGCCAAUUCGCUUAUAUUAUUAUUAUUAUUAUUAUUAUUAUAUUCAAAUUUGCAUUGUUGCAUCUAAAACAUAUACGUUCCGCGUUCCUUCACGUUCGAUUCCUUUUUUUUUUUUGCUUCCUUUUUGAUUCGAUUAAUGACUUUAUUCUCAGGUUUAUAUUUAUCCCUUAUUCUUUUUUUCUAUUUUUUCCUGCUUUUCUUUUUUGUAAAUCGUUCGACGAUCCUAUAUUCUAAAUAAAAAUUAGUCGAAUCACUCAUUCACAUUGCGAUUUCGCGAUAAAACGUAUUUGGUAAGUACUCAUUUUCGAUGAUACGCGAUUUUCUUUAUUCGCUGCGAAACGUUGACAUCGAUCCUUGUAACUAGGCAAUCAGGCAAAUAAAAUUUUAGCCUUAAAGCUAGUGUCUUCUUUCAUUGUCAAUUAUUAUACUAUUAUAAACUAUAUUCUAAGAACACUAACUAUGAGUUUCAAUAAAGAUAUAUAAAUUACA